AUGAUGGGUCAACGACUUCGCUUCGUUACUUUGGACGUUUUUACCUCGCAGCCGUACGCAGGGAAUCCUUUGGCUGUCGUCUUCCUCCCAGAGCCAGAGCAGUCCGCCUCGCUUCCCCCAUUGACUGAGCGCCAGAAACUAUCAAUCACGCGGGAAUUCAACCUGUCCGAGACGGUCUUCGUGCAUGCCGGGAGCGGCGAGAAACGGACCAUUGAUAUUUUCACCACCGCUUGCGAAAUCCCUUUUGCGGGCCACCCAACUAUAGGCGCCGCCUCAUGGUUUUUGUAUCAUUCUCCGAAUCAACAGGAGAGGGAGCAGGUUCGAUGCUUGGUCACAAAGGCCGGAGAGAUUCCAAUCUCGCUACAACAGCCACCUCAGGAGCAGGGGGUAUUGGCAAGGGUCGCACAUAAUGUUCGCUUCCACGCCGCGCGGUAUCCGCUAAGUGAGCUACUCCGGCUCCAUGUGUCCUUGACCCCAUUCUUCCCGCCUGCAGUUCACGGCAUGCUGUCGUUUCCGGUGGUCUCGAUCGUCAAUGGGAUGAGUCAGGUCCACGUUGAGCUGCCUUCUUUGGAAGCGCUGGCCGCCGUGACGACGUCGGCCGGUGGCGAGGUGAUCUCCGUCCACGGUCCAUACCUGGACGAAGGGUGGAGGUCUGGCCACUGCGUUCUAUACUUCUACGUGCGAAACGUCGAGGAUGCGCUAUUGAAGACUCGCGUAAUCCGCACCAGGAUGAUCUUAGGGAAUGAGGAAGAUGCGGCCACGGGCAGCGCCGCGAGCGGACUGGUGGCAUAUCUGUCCCUGACAAAGGAACCCCCCGGGAGACACACGUAUGACAUUAUACAGGGCGUGGAAAUGGGAAGGCGCAGUCAGAUUGGAAUUGACAUCACAACUGACCACGAAAAGGUCGAGAGCCUCGAACUGAAAGGAGCCGCAGUGACGGUGAGCGAGGGCACCAUCUUAAUCCCUAGGGAGUAA